AUGGGCCACCAGCUGUCCAGCCAGGGGGCGAUCAACAAACUUCCCGAGAAGGUUGCCAAGCAUGUGACCCUGGUGCGUGAGAGUGGCUUCCUGACGUACGAGGAGUUCCUGGGGCGAGUCGCUGAGCUCAACGAUGUGACGGCGAAGUUGGCAUCGGGACAGGACAAACAUCUCCUGUUUGAAGUGCAGCCAGGAUCGGACACGUCUGCUCUGUGGAAAGUCGUCGUUCGUGUUUUGUGUACGAAGAUUAAUAAAACCAGCGGCAUUGUGGAAGUGUCCCGGAUUAUGAACCUCUACCAGUUCAUCCAGCUCUACAAGGACAUCACCAGUCAUGCGGACAGCGUCUUCACCCAGAGCAGCACGGACGCCGAGGAGGACCCCGAAAACCUCUCGUCUGUGUCUUCCUGCCAAGCCAGCAUCCUGAUGGGGAAGGUGAAGCAACUUACAGACGAGGAGGAGUGCUGCAUCUGCAUGGACGGACGUGCUGACCUCAUCCUGCCCUGCGCUCACAGCUUCUGCCAGAAAUGUAUUGACAAAUGGAGCGAUCGGAACCGCAACUGUCCAAUCUGCCGCCUGCAGGUGACCGGAGCAAACGACUCCUGGGUGGUGUGUCUGAUGCCCCGACUAAAGAGGACGUGGCCAACUACAUACUGA